AUGUUUAUAGCGAUUUACACUUUGGUUCAGUUUAGCAUCCGGCGCGCCACUCUUUUACCUUGUCGAAAUUUCUUCUUAUUAUUCAAUCACGGUACCUUCUAUCCAUCGCCCGAGGCCUCCCUGCCUAGUUACGCGCCCCGUCCCCUAGUCACGCGCCCUGUCUCGUCGCCGCACCCUGUCCCGUCGCCGCGCCGCCCUCCCCCUGCCCCGCCUCGUCGCGAGCCCUACCCACUGCCACGUCGCGCGCCGUGCCCGUCGUCGACGUGCGAAGCUGUCCCGCCGUCGACGCGCCCGCGCGCGCGUUUUGCCCACCGCCCUCCAUCUCCCCGACCACCCUUCCCUCCUCGCGGCCACCCUCCCAUACCCUCUCGUGGGCGGCCUGCGUCACCUCCCUGCAGGCGCCUUCCCCUCCCCUCGUGGUGCGCCUUCUUCUGCCGUUUCUGCACCACCUCCUCCUUCUCCCCUCACCCCAUCCGCCUCUUCACCGUCCUCCUCCUCCUCUCCUCAUUCUUUCCUCCCUUCUGUGCCUCUCCUCCCUUCCUCCACCUCCUUCCCCUCCAUAACUUCCACCUGGUUACGUGUUACUACUUGCCACUUGGUGAUCGUGACCCUACUUCCUCCCCACAAUCCGCUCCUUCACCCUCCUCCUCCUCUUCUCUCUCCCUCUAUUUCCCCCACCCUCUCACCUCUUCCUCCGCCUCUCUUCUCUCCCUAUCUGCUGCAGCUGGUAGCUGUCCGUGUUUCGUCGCCUUCCACACCUUUCCUCCUCCUCUUCUUUCUCCCCUCAGCGGCGCAGCAGCAAACUACCCCGCUGCUAUCCCUCCUCCUCGUAUUUCUCCCCUCAGCGGCGCAGUAGCAGAAUACUUCGCAGCUAUCCCUCCUCCUCUUGUUUCUCCCCUCAGCGGCGCAGCAGCAGACUACUUCGCCGCUAUCCCUCCUCCUCUUGUUUCUCCCCUCAGCGGCACAGCAGCAGACUACUUCGCUGCUAUCCCUCCUCCUCUUGUUUCUCCCCUUAGCGGCGCAGCAGCAGACUACCUCGCCGCUAUCCCUCCUCCUCUUGUUUCUCCCCUCAGCGGCGCAGCAGCAGACUACUUCGCCGCUGUCCCUCCUCCUCUUGUUUCUCCCCUCAGCGGCACAGCAGCAGACUACUUCAUCGCUAUCCCUCCUCCUCGUAUUUCUCCCCUCGGCGGCGCAGCAGCAGACUACCCCGCCAUUAUCCCUCCUCCUCUUCUGUCUCCCCUCAUCGGCGCAGCAGUAGACUACUUCGCUGCCAUCCCUCCUCCUCGUAUUUCUCCCCUCAACGGCUCAGCAGCUGACUACCUCACCCCUAUUCCUCCUCCUCUUUUCUCUCCCCACGACUGCUUUAUUGUUAUUCCCUCCCCCAUAUGGGGCCUCUUCUCACUCUUACCUCUCUUCCUCUGCGCUUCCGCCCUCAUCCUCCUUCUACCGUACCUCUCCUACCCUUACCUUCCUUACUCUCCGCUCCCUUCGCUGCCCCUUCCUCCCCUUGCACCUCUCCUUAUCGCUGGACCUCCCCUCUUCUCCACUCCUCUGCUUUGA